UGGGCAACUUCCGAUUGCACGUGAAGGCAGCAUUAGCACAAGGGAUAAGACCACAUAUUUCCUGUGAUAAUCGACAGCAGACUAUAUGUUUUAGUAGAGUUUUAGUUGUAUUGAACCCAGAAUAUUAAGUUAACGACUGUUAAAGUUUCCCAUUUUCUGGUCAUGUGUCAUUGAGAACCUGUUUCGAAUGGGCUUCAUUUUGUGAAGGGAAGAACGUGAUCAGGAGAGAAAAGCUGUUUGUGAAUCAUGUAAAUCAUUUAAAGAACAGAUCAGUUUAAUGCUGUUAUCUAGAGACACACUGGAUUUAUGAACUGAAUGAAGUUUGUCUUUGAUGAUAGACAGCACUGCUUAUAAAUGAAAAAAAUGAGUGUCUAUAAGAAGAGAGAGGAGGAGGAUGUUCACACACAUAAAGCAGCACCUCCAGAACACAGCUGUGUGUCUAUGAAGAGUGACUGGUCCAUAGGGGUCCCACCUAAUCUCAGUGCUGCAAAAAGGACCUCUGAAUUUGAUAGUGCUGCCUGUAAAAUGAGAAAGGAGGAGGUUUCUGUUCUGACAAGUAAAGCAGCAUCUCCAGAACACAGCUGUGUGUCUAUGAAGAGUGACUGGUCCAUAGGGGUCCCUCCUAAUCUCAGUGCAGGAACAGUGACCUCUGACCCUGAAGUGAAGAAAGAUGAUGUGACCAGAUCAGUAACGCCACAUUUGACCUGCACUGACUCCAUCAGUCAGACCCUCAUCAUACAGAGAGUCAAAGACCAACACAAAACCAACAUGAAGAACAAGUAUGAGAGAUUAUUUGAGGGAAUCAAACUGCAAGAAAAUCAAACCCUCCUGAACAGGAUCUACACACAACUCUACAUAAUAGAAGGAGAGAGUAAAGGGGUGAAUGAAGAGCAUGAGGUUUUACAGAUGGAGAAAACAGCCAGAAAACAAGACACUCCAAUCUACUGCAAUGACAUCUUUAAAUCUUUACAUGAGGAGAAAGACAACAUCAAGACGGUUCUUACUAAAGGCAUUGCAGGAAUUGGAAAAACUGUCUCUGUGCAGAAGUUCAUUCUGGACUGGACCGAGGGAAAUGCCAAUCAGGAUGUAGAUUUCAUGCUUGUGCUUCCAUUUCGAGAGCUGAACUUGAUUAAAGAUCACCAGUACAGUCUUCACAGACUUCUGCUAGACUUUCAUCCUGAACUUCAAGAUCUGGACUCAAAAAUUUAUGAGAAGUGUAAAGUUGUUUUCAUCUUUGAUGGUCUGGAUGAAAGCAGAGUUAAACUGAUGUUUUCAGACAGACGGAAAGUUUGUGAUGUGAAUGAGUCUUCAUCAGUGGGUGUGUUGAUGUCAAACCUCAUCAGAGGAGAGCUGCUUCCCUCUGCUCUCAUCUGGAUCACCUCCAGACCAGCAGCAGCCAAUCAGAUCCCCUCAAAAUACAUCAACCGUGUGACAGAAAUUCAGGGAUUCAGUGAGCCUCAGAAGGAGGAAUAUUUCAGGAAGAGAAUCAGUGAUGAGCAUCAAGCCAGCAGAAUCAUCUCACACAUUAGAAGAUCAAGAAGCCUCAACAUCAUGUGUCACAUCCCCGUCUUCUGCUGGAUCUCAGCCACUGUGCUUCAAAACCUCCUGGGACAAGAUGACAGUGCAGAAAUCCCUCAAACUCUGACUGAAAUGUACAUCCACUUCCUGCUGACUCAAAUCAACAUGAGAAAUCAGAAGUAUAAUAAAAGAAAUUCAAAGAAGCUCCUUCAGUCUAACAGAGACGUGAUUGUCAAACUUGCUAAACUGGCUUUCAAUCAGCUGAUGAAGGGUAAUGUGAUGUUCUAUGAGGAGGACCUGAUUGAGAGCGGCAUAGAUAUCACUGAUGCCUCAGUGUAUUCUGGGAUUUGCACUGAGAUCUUUAAGGAGGAAUCUGUGAUUCAUCAGAGGAAAGUCUACUGCUUCAUACAUCUGAGCUUUCAGGAGUUUCUAGCUGCUUUCUUUUUGUUUUACUCCUGGGUAGACAAGAAUGAUGAAUCACUGAAACUAUUUAUGAAUGAUGUCAGUGUAUAUCAGUUCAGUACUUGGAAUGAAGUUUGUCUGUUUAGCCUGCUGAAAUCAGCAAUUAUUAAAUUCUUAGAGAGUGAAAGUGGACACCUUGAUCUUUUCCUGCGGUUUUUGCUGGGUGUCUCACUGGAGUCCAAUCAAAGACUCUUACAGGAUCUACUGACACACACAGUGAACAGCUCAGACAACAUCUACGAAAUAGCAAUGUACAUUAAAGACACAUUCGGGCAAAUCGAUGGGGAUUUUUAUACAGAAGAGAACCGUCUCACAGAUUACAGAUGCAUCAAUCUAUUCCUCUGUCUGCUGGAAAUGAAGGAUCAGACUUUGUACAGAGAGAUUCAGGAGUUUGUGAAAGAGAAUCAUUCUAGAAAAUGUCUAUCUUGUGCUGAAUGCUCAGCAAUAGCUUACAUGCUUCAGAUAUCAGAGGAGGUGCUGGAUGAGUUUGAUCUGAAGAAAUACAAGACAACAGAUGAGGAUAGAGGGAGACUGAUACCAGCUGUGGUGAACUGCAGGAAAGCUCUACUUGCUGACUGUUAUCUCACAGGUCAGUGCUGUGAAAGUUUGUCUUCAUCUCUACAAUCAUCAAACUCACUGAGAGAACUGGAUCUGAGUAACAAUAACCUGCAGGAUUCAGGAAUGGAGAUGCUCUCUGAUGGACUGCAGAAUUCACAGUGUCACCUCAGCAUACUGAGACUUGCUGGCUGUAAUCUCACUGAUCAGUCCUGUAAAAGUUUGUCUUCAUCUCUACAAUCAUCAAAAUCACUGAGAGAACUGGAUCUGAGUAACAAUGACCUGCAGAAUUCAGGAGCAAAGCUGCUCUCUGAUGGACUGAAGAGUUCACAAUGUCAGCUCAACAUACUGAGACUUGCUGGCUGUAAUCUCACUGAUCAGUCCUGUAAAAGUUUGUCUUCAUCUCCACAAUCAUCUAAUUUACUGAGAGAGCUGGACCUGAGUAACAAUGACCUCCGGGAUUCAGGUGUGAAGCUGCUCUCUGAUGGACUGAAGAGUUCACAAUGUCAACUCAACAUACUGAGACUGUGCAUCUGUAAUCUCACUGAUCAAUCCUGUGAAAUUUUGUCCUUAUCUCUGCAAUCAUCAAACUCCUCACUGAGAGAGCUGGAUCUGAGUAACAAUGACCUGCAGGAUUCAGGAGUAAAGCUUCUGGCUGACGGACUGAAAAGUCCACACUGUCAGCUCCACAUACUGAGAUUAUCUGGCUGUAUGGUGACAAAGGAGGGUUGUUGUUAUUUGGCUUCAGCUUUGAGUUCAAACCCCUCACACCUGAGAGAGCUGGAUCUGAGCUACAAUCACCCAGGACAAUCAUUAGUCAAGCUGCUCUCUGAUCCAAACUACAGACUGGAGAAACUCAAUGUGGAUCAUGGAGGAGAGUUCAGGAUUAUAACAGGUCUACGAAAAUAUGCAUGUGAUCUCACACUGGAUUUAAACACCGCAAACAGUUAUCUCACUCUGUCCGAGAAGAACAGAAAGGUGACCAGUGUGAGAGAGCAGCAGUUGUAUCCUGAUCAUCCAGAGAGAUUUAAUGGGUUUCUUCAGGUUCUGUGUAGAGAGAGUCUGACUGGACACUCUUACUGGGAGGCUGAAUGGAGUGGUGGGGUGGUUAAUAUAUCAGUGACAUAUAAAGGAAUCGGAAGGAAAGGACGAAGCACUGACUAUGAAUUUGGAUUCAAUAAGAAUUCCUGGAGUCUGAUGUAUUUUAAUGACAGUUUCACUGCCUAUCACAAUGGGAAGAGCACAUACUUGCAUGUCCCUUUAUGUAACUGCUACAGAGUAGGAGUGUAUCUGAACUGGUCGGCCGGCUGUCUGUCCUUCUACAGCGUCUCUGACACAAACACACUCACACACUUACACACAUUCAACAGCACAUUCACUGAACCCCUCUAUGUUGGAUUUGGGCUUGACUGGGACUCCUGGGUUUCUUUGUGUGAGAUUAAAUAGCUUCCUGUGAGAAACAACUGAGACACACACUGAUAUUUUCUUUCUCAUUAACAGCUGUAAUAGAUCUAAUAGUUCUAAUAUAAAAACACACACAUGCUGACUUAGGUUUAAAUGAGACCCACCAAAGACUUCUAUUGUAUUUUAUAAAGAUAUUUGAAUGCGGCUUAACAGGAGUUUUGUCUUUCUGAGUCUCUGAGCGCCACCUGGAGGAAGAUUUAGUUUCUCGCUCACAGGAAACAGUUCUUAGCAGGUGCUUGCUCUGUUACUAUGGUGACUGAGGGUCGGUCAUAGCUCAUUUUACGGUCUGUGUGGAAAGUUGGCGUCUUUUCCUGAUCAGUGGUUCUUACAAUCACAGUCAAACUGUUCGAUAGAGUUGAAGAUGUGAAUCAAACACAUCAGAUUUAGUCUUUGUGGGACACAAUGCUCAGGAGAGUGUGAGAAUAUGUGUCCUGAGCUCAGCAUUAAUAUGGGCUAAUAUUUUAUCCUCAAAUUAUAUAUUUUAUUCCUGUUUUUCCACAUAUCCUCACAGCUAUUUCACACAAAGUAAUAAUUCUUCCUGACGGAGAGUGUAGGAUUCAGUGUUCUGUGAUAUGCUGUUAGAAGUGCUCACAAUAAUCCAACCAGUCAUAUAUACAGUAAUUGAGCAUUUUCUGGCAAAUAAAUUGAGAAUGGGCUUUGUAUCCCUUAUCCCUAAACAUACCCAUAAACCAAUCCUGAAGAAUCCUUUUGGCAUGCUUAGGGUUUACGUUUUUAAUUACUGAGUCUCUAUAUUAAGACAUUUGAAUUGUCACAGUCAAACUGAUUGUUCAAUAAAGGUGAAGAUGUGACUCAAACUCAUGUUAGGUUGAAGAGCUUGAAUACGUUAUGAUCAGCUUGUGUCUUGAGUUCAGCGUUAAUACAGCAUGAUAUUAAAUGGAAAUAUUAAAAAAUCAGAUGAAAAACUAUGUCAUAUAAAGUAGUAAAUCAUAUUGCCAAUAAAAUUCUAUUUUAUCACAGAA